AUGUCGUCGCCAGCGGGGCCACUUCCGCCGUCGUUUCCGCCGAAACUUGCGGGCGGUGAGGGUCUGGAGAAGGAGGAAGCAAACGCAGGACUGCGUCACUACUACGAACAGAAAAUCGAUGACCUGCAGCGUGUCAUCAACGAGAAGAGCCAAGACAAAAGACGGCUCGAGGCGCAGCGAAACGAACUCAACUCUCGAGUUCGCGAGCUCCGCGACGAACUCCAGGUGCUGCUGGAGCCGGGCAGCUACGUGGGAGAAGUCGUCAAGGUCAUGGGUCGCAACAAAGUUCUCGUUAAGGUCAAUCCCGAGGGCAAGUACGUCGUCGAGGUGGCGAAGAAUAUCGAUUUGUCAAAGUGUACGGUGAAUACGCGCGUGGCGCUGCUCAAUGACAGCUACUGUCUGCACAAGAUUUUGCCCACGAAGAUUGAUCCGCUCGUCUCGCUCAUGAAAGUAGAGAAAGUCCCUGACAGCACCUACGAGAUGGUCGGUGGUCUCGAACAACAGGUCAAGGAAGUCAAGGAAGUGAUUGAGCUCCCGAUCAAGCACCCCGAGCUCUUCGAAAGCCUCGGAAUUUCGCAGCCCAAGGGUGUACUGCUCUACGGGCCUCCGGGAACGGGCAAGACGCUGCUCGCGCGCGCGGUGGCACACCACACGGACUGCACUUUCAUUCGCGUGAGCGGCGGCGAGCUGGUUCAGAAAUACAUUGGCGAAGGCAGUCGCAUGGUGCGCGAGUUAUUCGUCAUGGCGCGCGAGCACGCGCCGAGCAUCAUCUUCAUGGACGAAAUCGACAGCAUCGGCAGCCAGCGCACGGAGGGCGAACACGGCGACUCCGAAGUGCAGCGCACCAUGAUGGAGCUCCUCAACCAACUCGACGGCUUCGAGUCCACGCAAAGCAUCAAGGUGAUCAUGUGCACAAACAGAAUCGACAUCCUCGACGACGCGCUCCUGCGACCCGGUCGCAUCGACAGAAAAAUCGAGUUCCCUAACCCAAAUGUUGAGGCUCGAACGCAGAUUCUGAAGAUCCACAGUCGAAAGAUGAAUCUGAUGCGUGGCAUUGACAUGAAGAAGAUUGCUCAAGAAAUGAACGGAGCUUCAGGAGCUGAAGUCAAGGCCGUCUGCACGGAGGCAGGAAUGUUCGCACUCCGUGAGCGCCGCAUGUUUGUCACGCAAGAAGAUUUCGAGAUGGCGGUGGCUAAGGUUAUGAAGAAGGACGCAGAGAAAAACAUGUCUCUGCGCAAGUUGUGGAAGUGA